CUCCUGCCUCCCUCCUCCCUCCUCCCUGCCCGGCUGGCCUCUCUCUCUCUCUCAGGCAGCCAUGGCGGCGGCGGCGGCGGAGCAGGAGCAGCAGCAGUUCUACCUUCUCCUAGGCAACCUGCUCAGCCCGGACAAUGUCGUCCGGAAACAGGCCGAGGAAACAUACGAGAACAUACCAGGCCAAUCUAAAAUUACAUUCCUUCUACAAGCUGUCAGAAAUACUACGGUUGCUGAAGAGGCUAGACAAAUGGCUGCUGUGCUUCUACGAAGACUUUUGUCAGCUUCUUUUGAGGAAGUUUAUCCAACAUUACCCCCUGAAGUUCAAACUGCUAUCAAAAGUGAAUUGCUGUUGAUAAUUCAGCUGGAAACACAAUCCAGUAUGAGGAGAAAAAUAUGUGAUAUCGUAGCUGAACUGGCCAGGAAUCUAAUAGAUGAGGAGGGCAAUAACCAAUGGCCUGAAGGGCUGAAGUUUUUGUUUGACUCUGUCAGCUCUCAGAAUGUGGGACUGCGCGAAGCUGCACUGCACAUCUUCUGGAACUUUCCUGGUAUUUUUGGAAAUCAACAGCAGCAUUAUUUGGAUGUCAUCAAACGGAUGUUGGUACAAUGUAUGCAGGAUCAGGAGAAUCCCACGAUCAGGACACUAUCGGCUAGGGCUGCGGCUGCAUUUGUUCUUGCUAAUGAGCAAAAUCUUCCUCUUCUAAAACAUUUUGCAGACUUACUUCCAGGAAUCCUGCAGGCAGUAAAUGACUCCUGUUACCAAAAUGAUGAUUCGGUACUGAAGUCCCUUGUAGAGAUUGCAGAUACGGUUCCAAAGUAUCUACGGCCACACUUAGAACCUACAUUGCAACUAAGUUUGAAGCUGUGUGCAGAUACUAAUCUCAGCAACAUGCAACGUCAACUGGCUCUUGAAGUAAUAGUUACAUUAUCUGAGACUGCAGCUGCUAUGCUUAGAAGGCAUAUCAAUAUUGUUGCACAAGCUAUUCCUCAGAUGUUAACAAUGAUGGUUGACCUAGAAGAAGAUGAAGACUGGGCAAAUUCUGAUGAGUUAGAAGACGAUGACUUUGACAGCAAUGCUGUUGCUGGUGAGAGUGCGUUGGACAGAAUGGCUUGUGGCCUUGGUGGAAAACUUGUUCUGCCUAUGAUAAAAGAACAUAUUAUGCAAAUGCUUCAGAAUCCUGACUGGAAGUGUAGACAUGCUGGCUUGAUGGCUCUCUCAGCUAUUGGCGAAGGCUGUCACCAACAGAUGGAGGGGAUUCUCAAUGAAAUAGUUAACCUGGUUUUGCUUUUUCUUCAGGACCCUCACCCAAGAGUAAGGUAUGCAGCUUGCAAUGCAAUUGGUCAGAUGGCUACAGACUUUGCACCAGGCUUCCAGAAAAAAUUCCAUGAGAAGGUAAUUGCAGCUCUUCUGCAGACCAUGGAAGACCAAGGCAAUCAGCGAGUUCAGGCUCAUGCAGCUGCUGCUCUGAUCAACUUUACUGAAGACUGUCCCAAAUCACUGCUUAUUCCUUACUUAGAUAACUUAGUGAAGCAUCUUCAUUCCACUAUGGUAUUAAAAUUGCAGGAGCUGAUUGAAAAAGGCACUAAGUUGGUUCUGGAACAGGUCGUUACGUCCAUUGCAUCAGUUGCUGAUACAGCAGAAGAAAAGUUUGUUCCAUACUAUGAUUUAUUUAUGCCUUCUCUUAAACACAUUGUUGAGAAUGCUGUGCAGAAGGAACUUAGACUCUUGAGAGGGAAAACCAUAGAAUGCAUCAGCUUAAUUGGCCUUGCAGUAGGUAAAGAAAAGUUCAUGCAGGAUGCAUCAGAUGUGAUGCAGCUUUUGCUGAAAACACAGACUGACUUCAAUGACUUGGAAGAUGACGACCCUCAGAUAUCGUAUAUGAUUUCUGCAUGGGCUAGAAUGUGCAAGAUCCUUGGAAAGGAAUUCCAACAGUACCUCCCUGUUGUGAUGGGUCCUUUAAUGAAAACUGCAUCAAUUAAGCCUGAAGUGGCUCUCCUUGACACACAAGAUAUGGAGAACAUGAGUGACGAUGAUGGCUGGGAAUUUGUAAAUCUGGGUGACCAGCAGAGUUUUGGUAUCAAGACUGCAGGCCUUGAAGAAAAAGCAACUGCGUGCCAGAUGCUGGUUUGCUAUGCCAAAGAGCUGAAAGAAGGAUUUGUGGAGUACACAGAGCAAGUUGUAAAACUGAUGGUUCCUUUGUUAAAAUUCUAUUUCCAUGAUGGUGUUCGUGUGGCAGCUGCAGAAUCUAUGCCUUUGCUCCUGGAAUGUGCAAGAGUUCGUGGCCCAGAAUACCUCACCCAGAUGUGGCAUUUUAUGUGUGAUGCCCUUAUCAAGGCCAUAGGGACAGAACCUGACUCAGAUGUACUGUCAGAAAUAAUGCAUUCUUUUGCCAAGUGUAUUGAAGUAAUGGGAGAUGGCUGCCUUAACAAUGAACACUUUGAAGAACUUGGGGGAAUAUUGAAAGGAAAACUGGAAGAGCACUUUAAAAAUCAAGAAUUAAGGCAAGUGAAAAGGCAAGAUGAAGAUUACGAUGAGCAAGUUGAAGAGUCACUGCAAGAUGAACACGACAGUGAUGUCUACAUUCUGACUAAAGUGUCAGAUAUUUUGCACUCAAUAUUCAGCAGCUACAAGUCAAAGGUGUUACCAUGGUUUGAACAGCUACUGCCACAAAUUGUCAACUUAAUUUGCCCACAUAGGCCUUGGCCAGACAGGCAGUGGGGUUUAUGCAUUUUUGAUGAUGUCAUAGAGCACUGCAGCCCAUCCUCAUUCAAAUAUGCAGAAUACUUCUUGAGACCAAUGCUACAGUCAAUAUGUGACAAUAGCCCAGAGGUUAGACAAGCAGCUGCAUAUGGUAUUGGCGUCAUGGCACAAUUUGGCGGGGACAAUUAUCGGCCUUUCUGCACAGAGGCCCUUCCAAUGCUGGUGAGAGUUAUUCAAUCAGCAGAUGCCAAAACCAAAGAGAAUAUCAACGCGACAGAAAACUGCAUUUCAGCAGUUGGGAAGAUCAUGAAGUUUAAGCCUGACUGUAUGAAUGUUGAAGAAGUCCUGCCUCAUUGGUUAUCAUGGCUGCCACUGCAUGAAGACAAAGAAGAAGCUGUUCAUACUUUCAAUUAUUUGUGUGACCUAAUAGAGAGUAAUCAUCCCAUUGUUUUGGGCCCCAACAAUUCUAAUCUGCCCAAAAUAUUCAGUAUAAUUGCGGAUGGUGAAAUGAACGAAGCUAUGAAGCGUGGAGAUCCAUGCACCAAACGACUGGCUAACGUAGUUCGGCAAGUGCAGACUUCUGGAGGUUUGUGGACAGAAUGCAUAUCUCAGCUCAAUGCAGAACAGCAGGCAGCCAUACAGGAGCUCCUGAACUCUGCGUAAAGGGCCUUAAUUAUCAUCCACAAGAAAACUCCAAAUAAACAUUUACCCUUCGGUUUAGGUUUCUUUGUUUUGUUUUUAAGAGAGAAAACUGUAGUGCAUGUAGGCCAUUCUGCAACCUACAAGCAGUGGCAGCAGGAAGAAACGGUUUCAAAUGGUGUUGCAAUGAAUUUCUACCCAUCAGCACUGAAGGAGCUCCCUGUAAAACCUGCAGUAGCACUGAAGAGUAUUUUUUUAAUGGUAUGAACCAACCACAUGAUGGUGAAAGGGAAACAAGAUGAAUUUCCAUUAGGCAUAAACUUAAUUAAAACAGCUUUUAAGACCAGGUAUUCAGUAGACACCCAUUAUAACAGAUUACAGGCAUUUUUACCCUCUAGUGUUAACAUGUAUUGGAGUGUGAGUAUUUUUGUAGGGUAGAAAACACCCUUCUGCCCACCAAACCAAGUAGAUUAAGAGACUAUAAACUGACGGCAACAUCGAGCAUGAAGACUUCAUCGAUAUCGCAUUCAGUUCUCUGAAACAGGCUUGUGUAGCGACUCAAUGAAGAAAGCCAUUGAGCUCUCAGCCCUUGAAUGUGAAGUGUCUUUGGCAUGUCUGACAGUAUCUCAUCCACUCCUUCAAUAAAUGACAUUGAAAUACAAUCAAAGCUUGUGUAAAAGUCCAGUGCUGUGUGGUCUCUUGUUUGCCUUCAGUGGAAAUAAUUGUUUACUUUUCUGAGUACAACAUGUCGUGCUCAGAAUGCUUGGUCUGUAAUCAUGUUUUUUCAGUCUUCGUAUUUCAGUGUGUAGAGAUUUAAGAAUCCACUUCUUAGGGUACUUUCAUGUUCUCCAUAUGUCUUUUUGUUUGCUUGUUUUGACCUGAUUCCAUAUUUUCCGAGAUGUGCAUUUUAGCAACAGAAUGAUUGCUGAAUAGAAUUGCCCAGUCUUCGUAAAUCGGCACACAUACAAAGCUUCUUUUCAAAAUGGAAUUGGUAACAUAUUUUGAUAGAGGGGAUGUGACCUAAGCACUGUUCUGCGUAGUGCUUCAUUAUGGGCCUUUUUAAUAUGAGAUCUUCAGUACUUUAAGUAUUUGAUUUUGUUCUAUGGUGUCCCAAGGAACAGGAAAGGGCUAUGCUUGACUCAAAACCACUAGGACUUACUUUUGAGUAAGCACACACAUGAUUGCACUGUAAACGAAUUCAAUCUGACUUUGACAACUGAAACAGAAAAGUUGAAACACUACAUAAAGAGACCACAAUAGCAGGUGUGUCUAGAUCUUCUGUCUGACCUACAAAAACUCAUGCCACAAUAUAUUUUAAGUUAAAAAAUUCACAGUACUUGUUUUUGUCAAGGCCUGAAGAAUGGACUUUUCUAGUUCAUGGUUAAUCAUCUGGUACCAUGAUGAAAGAGAAAUGUUUCUAUUUAAUCCCAGUGCUUUUGAGGAAGGAAAAGGCUUAUUUCUUACAAAAGAAACAGGUUCCACCUCUGUCUUCUGUUUUAGACAGUAUUUUUAAAUAAUUGUUCAUUUUGGGCAUCUCUCCUGCAUAGACACUUCAGGCUGCUGCCACUUGGUAUAUGCAAUAGCUACUAUUUGCCUUCAUGCCAGCUCCUUCAUAGAGACAUGCAUUGUAAUGUCACUAAAACUUCCAGAAUUGAGCUACUUCCUAUCUGUGUAAACACAUGAAAUGCUGAGCUUUGGGACCACCUCUCAUUCAUUCCUCUCUAGAAUAGACAGUGCUGCUAGGCUCUUCUAAUAAUGGCUACAACAGUGGAUUUUUUGUUUUAACAGUCUGUAUUUUACACCAUACAGAAAUCUUUAUAUCCAUACUUCUGCUCAAAUGCUCCCGCAGAUUAAGAUUAAGUUAUGGAGAGGAUAAUGGAUUGAUUCUUUAUGGCACAAAGUACCAACAUGAUCAUCUUAAAUGUUGAGACUACACAGGGAGCAAGAAUAUCAUAGUUAUGGCUUGCUUCAGCAUUAUGAUUUUCUUUCACUAAAAAUGAAUACCCAAACUUACAUGGGAAAAGGUUGCAGAAAUUGCCAUAUUUUUGCCAUAUUGUAUUUGACCCCUGUUCUUUAAUAUUGCACUUAAAUCUCACUGCAAAAAUAUUGGUGCAGAACAAAGCAUUUUAAUAUUCUAUGCUGUCCACUUGGAGUAGAAUCUGGCGUCUUGAAAAUCUGUCUGCUAUAGGUUCAGAAGGAAGCGUGGUAGUGCUGUCCUGCUUUUUGUGUGUUUUAUAACAUAGUUUCUUCAAGAAUUCUCAAAAUGGUCCUCAGGUUCCUGUACUCUCGUGCAACUCCCAUGUUCUGGUACAUGCAUUCUCUCCCUGGCUCACAAUACAAACUCACGGUGAAGCGCCCUUUCCCAAUUUUGACUUGUAUGGAACGCUCAGUUAAACACCUUGAAUUGCUCAAAAAAUGACACAAAUAAGCCUGACCCAAUAUAUACAAAGAUUGAAUAAUGUGAGGAGACUAUUUCAAUGAAGCAUGCUCUGAUCCAAAUAUCCAUGUUCAUAAUGCUGUAUGUUCCAUAUAAUGGUAAUCAUUGCUGAUUUUUGAAGCUCUUUUUUUCUUCCAAA